AGACGGGUGUCUUUUUAUCCAUGCAACUUUUUAUUUUUUAUAUUUCUUUUACUUUUUUAGAUUGACGUAUAAGCGGCUUAAGCGUGAGGCGGUCUUUCUCAGCGAACGUCCGACCUUCAUCACAUUUUCUUAUUUAAUCUUUUGUUUGUUUACCACUUCCCUCCCUCAAAAAAUAUUGUUCAUAUCACUCACAGCACAGCUUCAUCACCAGCAUGGGUCCACGCGGUCGUGGUGGCAGCCGGGGCGGUUCGUUCAGAGGUGGUGGUUCUCGCGGUAGGGGACGUGGUAGGGGUCGAGGAGGCGUUAAUCGCUUCGGGAAACGGCCAAGAUUCGACAGUGCCCGAGUUGAGGAUAAAGAGAAGGAAUCUGAAGAGGAGUCUCUCUCAGAGGCAGAAGAAGAUUCUGAAGUCCCAGAAUCGGAGAGCUCUGAUGAGAGUGUCGCAGAGGAGGCCCCAACUCGGCCAUAUAUGGCACUUUUGCGCAGUCUGUCCAAGGGAUCUGGCAUCAAACGACGAAAGCUAGAUCAUGAGCCAAACAACAGUGAAGAAUCGGGUGAAGACGACUCAAGCGAAAGCUCUGCCGAUGAGGAUGCGCCGGACGAUGUGUGUGGAGAUGUUGAUCUCGUCGAUGAGCCUGAGGAGGACCAUGAUGAAAUCAUGGAACAGGAGAGAUCUGACGACGAGGAUGAGAAAGAUCUCACAGACUCCUUCAACUCUCACUUUGCAAGUCCAGACGAAGUCGAGGUUGCUGAGAGGAUAAAAUCUAUCACGAAUCACGAAUGGGUUUCCAAGAGGCUUCCUUCGAAAUCGGCGAGGACAGUAUUGACGUUGCCAAAACAAAAGGAUGCAUCAGAUAAUGCGUCGGGCCCUGUGCCUGUCACAAAUCCGGCAACACUAAUUCUCAAGCCAAAACUCAAAGAAUCCAUCACGUCUCAACGGCCACAGCUCGAUGCAUCUGAGCAGGCUUUGGCUGCGCCACUCUUCCAGUAUUACGACACACUCUACUGUCAACGGACCGUGGCUAACGGGCACAACCUCAGACGGCUAGUCUGUCUUCAUGCCUUGAACCAUAUUUUCAAAACUCGAGACCGUGUCAUCAAAAACAGCGCAAAGCUCGCCAAAGAGAGUGCAGACCCAGAUCUCGAAUUCCGGGAUCAAGGGUUCACGCGACCCAAGGUUCUCAUGCUGCUUCCGACACGGAAUUCGUGCGCAAAGAUGAUAGAGAUGAUGUGUUCUCUCACGGAAACAGACCAACAGGAGAACAGAAAACGCUUCGACGACUCCUACGUAACAAGGGAGAAGCAAAAAUUCUCCAACGACAAACCCACAGACUUCAGGGACCUUUUUGAGGGCAACGCCGACGAUAUGUUCCGUCUUGGGGUCAAGUUCACCCGAAAGACGAUCAAAUUCUUCUCACAAUUUUACAACUCGGACAUCCUUUUGGCUAGCCCCCUCGGCCUUAGGAUGGCCAUGGGUUCAACAGAAGAGAAAAAUCUGGACCAUGACUUCCUUAGCUCCAUCGAGAUUGUCAUCAUGGACCAGGCUGAUGCUAUCCUAAUGCAGAACUGGGAGCACGUCGAACACAUCUUCGAGCACCUGAACCGGCAGCCCAAAGAAGCCCAUGGUGCAGACUUCAGCCGCAUUCGCAGUUGGUAUUUGGAUGGCCAGUCCAAGAACUAUAGGCAGACGGUGAUACUGUCAAGCUUUAAUAAUCCAGACCUCUCCGAGGUGAUGCGGGUUCAUUGUCACAACUGGCAGGGAAAGAUUAGGAUACAACCAGACUACCAGGGCGUCAUCCAGCAGCUGGGUGUCAAGGUGAAGCAAACCUUCUCGCGCUUUGACGCCCAGACCAUCAUCGCGGACCCAGACGCGCGUUUCGAGUACUUUAUCAAGGCAGUUGUCCCAUCCCUGACUAAGCGGGUGAAGGACAGCUGCGGCACUUUGGUGUUCAUCCCCUCUUACAUGGACUUCGUACGUGUGCGUAACUGGUUUGCAACAUCGCCAGCCGCACAAAGUCUUUCCUUUGGUGUCAUCUCGGAGCACACGGAAGUGUCAGAGACGUCAAGGGCAAGAUCGCACUUUGUGACCGGCAGGCAGAAGGUUCUACUGUACACGGAACGUUGCCACCACUUCUGGCGCCACCAGCUACGGGGAGUCCGGAGGGUGAUCUUCUACGGGCUGCCUGACAACCCUGUAUUCUACAAGGAGAUCGCUGGCGGGUGUCUCGGCAGGAGUGAACAGGAUAUGACCCUGGAGCCCGGGGAGGGAAGUGUCAGAGCCAUGUUCUCUAAAUACGACGUUAUGAAGCUGGAACGGGUCGUUGGAACACCAAGAGUGGGCAAAAUGCUACAUGAGAAGGGGGAUACGUUUGAUUUUGUCUAGGGUCAAGAUACAAGCCGCACGAAGGUGCUACAACCAGACGAAUAUCAAAAUAGCCGAUGUUGUAUUGAUAACAUGCCUGGUAUUUUUUCUCCAAGGGCUUCUAGAUUGCAGUAGUACAGCUAUGUAAUGUACAGGCUCCCCCUAGGCUAGGUUGGGGGGGGGGGGGGUGU